ACCCACAAAAUCGCCCUCCUUUUUAUCCCUCCCGCCCACGCUCUCACACCCGCCGGCUUCUCCUUGUCUCUGCUCUCCACACGCGGAGUGGAGGAGGGAUUAAUCGGAAGCAUAUCAAUCGGCGGCCAUGACGAUCGGCGGCGCGUCCUCCAGCGUCGUAGUAGUGCCACGCAACUUCCGGUUGCUGGAGGAGCUGGAGCGUGGCGAGAAGGGCAUCGGCGACGGCACCGUCAGCUACGGCAUGGACGACGACGGCGACGACAUCUUCAUGCGCUCCUGGACCGGCACAAUCAUUGGACCACUCAACUCUGUGCACGAGGGGCGCAUCUACCAGCUGAAGCUCUUCUGCGACAAGGACUACCCCGACAAGCCGCCCACCGUGCGCUUCCACUCCAGGAUCAACAUGCCCUGCGUCAACCCUGACACCGGACUGGUCGAAAGCAAGAAGUUCCAUAUGCUGGCAAACUGGCAGAGGGAGUACACCAUGGAGAAUAUCCUGACGCAGCUGAAGAAGGAGAUGGCCGCGCCGCACAGCCGCAAGCUGGUUCAGCCUCCAGAAGGGACCUUCUUCUAGUCAUACCGUGAGAUGUUCGAGGGCAUGUUCCUGUUGCUGCUGCUGCUGCUAUAUACUCAUAUAGGAUUGGAUUGCUAUCUCUGUCCAUGGCACGCACCGUUCGUAACUAUCACCUGCCCCCAAAUCUGUCACCUGAAAGGUAGUAGUACUAGAUGUGUAUGUAGUGCAGUGUUGUUGGUAAUUACUGAAUCGCCUUGCUAAUGCCUAAUGGCUGCCCUGCUUGCUAUCAUAUGCAUGCCAAUGUGAAGGACAGGUUUGGCUUGGUUUGAACGCUGAGAGAGAUUGAAUAACACGAGACCUCCUGUAUCUGGCACCGUAUAGACUCCUAUGAUUUAUGCAUGUGUGUUAAGACUAA